UUACUUUUUGCCCUCUCCCUCGAACAACUGGCUCAGAAAAUUAGACAACACCCCUCAGUUCUGCCUAUCUCAGUCAAGGGCACUGAGCAUGGCAUAUCUUUAUAUGCGGACGAUAUUUUACUCUAUAUUGGUGACACAGAGUCCUCUUUAACACAUUUACUAACUCCCAAAUUCUCUUCAAGCCUGCGUGUCGGUAAUUAAAAUGGAUGUUCUUCUGCAUGUUAACUUUUACUCUUCAAUGAUUCCUCUUGCACCGCCAAGGGGUUACUGGGACAAGCUGCACUCUCUCAUAUCUGAAUUCAUUUGGAAUGGGAAGAAACCUCGUUUGAAAUUAAGAACACUUCAACGAGAUAAAACACUUGGGGGCUUAGGUCUACCGAAUUUCAAGAUGUAUUUUUGGUCCUUUGUGCUCCGACCUUUGCUUGUAUGGUUGAAUCCUUAGGCCUCUGUUUCUUGGAAACCAAUUGAAGAAAAUCUAUCCAAACCAUAUAGGCUGGAGGACUUAGAGUAUUCUAAUAUACCUCCUAAUGAGUCUAAAGCACAAUUAGGACCUAUAAGUUCUUCUCUUCUUAGAAUCUGUCAUUCAGUGCUGAAUCACACAAACACCAACCUGAAAUGGCAUAAACAUUCAACUAUAUUUAAUAACUUUUCAUUGGAAACAAGCCAUUCUCUUUCCCUAGGUGAAGAGAUAGGGGUGUCAAUGUCCUCAAAGACCUUAUGAAUGAUGAUGGCCUGCGUUCUUUAAGUGACCUACAAACUGUGUACAAUUUACCAAGUUCCACAUUCUUCUUUUAUUUACAACUCAGAUCGGCCAUGAAUGCGUACGGUGUGCCAUGGGGUGUGCCUCUCCCAACCCAUCCCUUACAAAAACUUCUUGCCUCGCAGGGUCAGGCACGUGGCAUUGUUUCUAAAUUAUAUAAAUUUAUUUCGGAUCCUCGUGCCAGAAAAUAUAUGGGGGAGAGACCUUUCCUUUAUGGGAGAUGUAGAAAUCUGCUGGGAUACAGUUUGGGAGAAUCUCCACAACACAUCCAAAAUCAUGGCAAAGUUCACAGAGCAAGCUGUCACAAAAAAAGAGAGAAUAAAAUCAGUUUUCAAAAGCAAAGUAUUGAAAUAAACUUUGUUUCACUGAACAUGUGUGAUUACAUAGAAUUUUCUGUAUUCAACAAGUCACAACAAAUAUCUUCAACAAUGACUUAGGAAAGCAAAAAUACUGUAACUGUACAUUUAAAAUAAUUUGUUUUGUUGUACUUUUUAGUAGCACAAAUGCCUAAACAGUACCGCCAUUUUGAAUGUCAAAGUUACGACACAGAGGCGUACUGUCCCAAUUCUCACAUUUCUGCUGCUUAUAAACCUGCGUACUUAUGAGCACUUGACUGAAUCCAUACUUCACAGAGGGGUGUAGGGCGCACACUGAGCUUUGGGACUGGGCCUAAGUGAUAAUGACCUCAUUAUUUGACUCAGGUGUGUUGAAGUGGAGACACAUCUAAAGUUGCAGGAAACCGGCCCUUGAGGCCUGGAGUUGCCCACCCCUGCUCUAAGGGGUGUUAGCCUGCCUUCACAAGUUUUGUUUGUGAAACUGUCACCAGUUAUAAUUAUGCAAGAGUGUAGCAGUGUGUGUAAGCAGAUAAAAGGGACAGAGGAAAUCUAUAUUUUUAUAACAUAUGUGACCAUUGUUAUUGUUUGGCAUCUCUCUGAUUACUGCUAUCAGAGAGGUGCUGAUUUUUACAUUUGUUCAGACAUCUUUUACGUGUUUUUUUAUAAGCUCAACUGCUUAAAUGUGUUGAUUUGCAAAGGAGAGAGCGCUUGGAGUUCAGCCGUUUCGCACCAGCUAUCCCUCCCAAUACGGAGCCUACACUGCCCCCUAUGGGUUUGACAUAUUUAGAACAACACACAAUAGUGUAAUUCAGCGGGUUCAUAUGGACGACCACUAUUUUUAAAACUGAUCAGGUGUGGACGAGAUUAUUUUAUAAAAACUAAUAUCUCUGCUACGUCGUUUUAAAAAGACCCAAGAUCUAAAAUUCAAACUACCUUGCAAGCGUCAAAAACACGGAUAAAUUACAGAAUAAAUAUACAAACCGCUUGCCAUACAAUUAGUUCUCUCAGCAGUUGUGCAGUUUGUGUUCUGUGGUGCUUUCAGCAGUGGACCCGCAGCAAGAAGACAAAUGGGAGGAUUGUGGAAAGUUUCUGAACGCGUCAUGACAGUGAGGGGAUUGGACUGAUUCGGACCUGCGUCCUUCUGCGGAUCAGGCCCCGCUGUGUGAGUCGGGGGACAGGACUGCUUCUCUGAGCGGAACUCCGCCGGAGUUCUGCUUAAGUUCCCGGGCGGAGCAGCUGCCGCCUGCCUGCAAGCCACAUGGACCCUUCCCGCUGCAGAGCAUGCUGCUAGCGCCUGGCGGUCGGAAGGAGAACCGUGAGGCUGUGCAGACCACCGAACCCGAGCUCCACGCGCCGCUGCUGCCUCCUAGUCAUGCGCACAGACCACCUCCGUUGAGGAUCCUAGUCGGGCUGAAGAUGUUCCUGACCUUCCUCCUCAGCUUCAUCGUUCCUCCGGUAUGGAGCGUUCAUAUGUCGUGGGAAAAUUGGAGGUCCACGCUGCGCAACGGAGGGGAUGAGUUCGAGCCGCCGACCUCCCAGCCGCACAUCGUCUUCAUCCUGGUGGAUGAUCAGGGCUUCCGGGAUGUUGGAUACCACGGCUCCGAGAUCAAAACUCCGAACUUGGACCGGCUGGCCGCACAGGGGGUGAAGCUGGAGAAUUACUACGUGCAGCCGCUCUGCAGCCCGUCCAGGAGUCAGCUGAUGACCGGCAGGUAUCAGAUCCACACAGGCCUACAACAUUCUAUCAUUCGUGCCACCCAGCCCAACUGCCUGCCUUUGGAGAAUAUCACUCUCCCCCAGAAACUCAAAGAAGCAGGCUACUCCACCCACAUGGUGGGGAAGUGGCACCUCGGCUUUUACAAACGUGGCUGCCUUCCCACCCAACGAGGUUUCGACACUUUCUUCGGAUCUUUGCUUGGAAGUGGCGAUUACUACAGUCACUACAAAUGCGAAGGCCCCGGCAUGUGCGGCUAUGAUCUGUACGAAGGGGAAGAGGCCGCUUGGGAACAGGACCGCGGUUUGUACUCUACCGUGAUGUUCACUCGAAAGGCUGUCAGCAUCUUGGCCAAUCAUGAUCCCCACAAGCAACCCUUAUUUCUUUACUUGGCCUACCAGGCAGUUCAUUCCCCGUUGCAAGUUCCUGCUCGCUAUCUCGAGCGCUACAAGGGAAUUCCAAACCCACAUCGCCGAAAAUAUGCUGCCAUGGUUUCCUGUCUUGAUGAAGCCAUUCACAACCUGACCUUAGCCCUGAAACACUUUGGUUACUAUGACAACACAGUUAUAGUGUACUCCACAGACAAUGGGGGCCAGCCAUUAGCCGGUGGAAGUAACUGGCCCUUGAGGGGGAGUAAAGCCACCUACUGGGAGGGGGGCAUCAGGGCAGUAGGUUUUGUUCACAGUCCCCUGUUAGUCAAAAAAGGGUCAAAAUGUCAAACUUUGGUCCACAUAACUGACUGGUUUCCUACUCUGGUGACUCUGGGGGGAGGCACCUUAGAUGAAGAUCAAAACCUAGAUGGAUACGACGUUUGGGAGGCUAUUAGUGAAGGUCGUCCAUCACCUCGCCUAGACAUUUUACAUAACAUCGACCCAAUUUACAUUAAAGCCAAGAAUGGCUCUUGGAAGGCGGGAUAUGGAUUGUGGAACACCGCUGUCCAAGCUGCGCUCCGAGUUGGCCACUGGAAGCUACUGACAGGUGUGCCAGGCUACAGUGACUGGGUGCCACCACAGACGUUCUCCAACCAACGACUAACCACUCGCCACCAUAAUGAACGUGUGCGUUGGGGCGGGGGUAAAUCCAUCUGGCUGUUCAACAUCACAGCUGAUCCUUAUGAGCGAGUAGACUUGUCUCAGCAAUACCCACACAUAGUAAAGAAGAUGCUGAUGCGGCUGGUACAGUACAACAAGACCGCUGUGCCAGUGCGCUACCCUGCAAAGGACCUGCGCUCCAACCCGCAGUACAACGGAGGAGUAUGGGGACCUUGGUACAAGGAUGAGAAGCAGGAGCGGGAUGAGGAGGAGAGAUAUAAUAACUUGUUUACAAACCAUUUUGGUAAAAGAAGGUGGAAAAAUAAAUCAAGGAAUAUAAAGUUAAAACGCAAAGCAGAACAUUAGCUUAAAGGAUUCAUGAAGAAACUUCAGACUGCCUUUACUCAGGUAUUAACACUUCUUGUUUUAGGACAUUUUAACUCCAGGAAGUCUAAAUUGGACUCGACUAAACUCUACAGUGAGAAAGUGUUUACAGAUUUCUUCUGUUUUUGCUUUUUUUCUGACUUAAAAAUUUCAGAUUUUAAUUUUAAUACCACACAGAAGUAACUUGAUUAAAUAGAAUAGGCAAUUGUCAAAUGAUUAUUUAAUUUAAGAGAAAAAGCUAACCAAACCUGACUAAAACUAUGUUCUCAUAAACGUUUUUUAUGCAGUUUGAAGUAUUGCAUUAGAAAAGGUUGAUGGAAAUGGCAAAAUUUUUAAUAAUUUCCUCAAUUUCAGAAAAAAGUUUUUUUUAUGUUUGCCUGAGAUGGUUUUUGGCUUUUCCAAAAAAAGAGUUGAUGUGUAAAAAACAGAAACACUUUUGCUUGAUGAGUUCUGAAGGGUCUAUGCCUUACCAGAGGCAUGAAACAAGUCAAAAUCCAAACCUCUGGCUCAGAGGGAUGGACUCUCCAUUUUUCUGAGAUGUGUGAUUCAUGCUAGUUAGCAACCUCUACAUCUUGUUUAUUACAGCCAUGUGUAGCGUCAACAUCAUGCUUUGCGGUUGACUCACUCCAAACCACUAGAUGGAAACACACAGAAUUGUUUUUUGACUUUUUUUGCAGGAUUUUAAAAGUUUGCAUGACAUCUGGAUGGAUGUGACAAAAAGUAAUUACCCUCUAAACUUAAUGGCUGGUUGUGAUGGUAACAACUGCCACUUUAUGCUUUUUCUCCAUAGGAACAUGUUACUUUGGACAGUUUUUCCUUUUAUAAAAAAAUUAUAAUUUAUUCACAUAGGUUAUAUUUGCCUCAUGUGUUCAAUGACACAAAAUAUACAAUUGUAACAAAAGAAAUAAAAAACAGAAGACCUUUGUAAGGGAGUAGAUUCUUUUUCACAACACUACAUAGUGUGUAAGAUGUGCUGCUGGAUGCCUGACGGUGAUUUGUUCAGGCACUGAUGCCAUGUUUAGACGGUGAAGACCUCAGUUCAGUGUUUGGACUAUUUUUUUUUUAUAAGAAUCUAUUGUAUGACUGAACUGUUGUCACUUUUACAUCCAUGUUUCACUUAUAGUUGAAAAUGCAACUUUUUUUUAUUUUUUUUUGACUGUUGCCAUAAUUUUGAUGGUAAUGAAGUAAGACCCAGUCUUAUCAUGUUUUCUUUGUGGUGCUAUACUGCCGUGCUAGCAGAUUUAGGAUUUAUGUCAUGUUUGUGUUCAAAUAUGCUGCUUGUUAUAAGCAUACUUUGUACUUUAGAACAAUAACUGGUAGUUUGUUCUACCAGUUAGAAGUCUGCUCAGGCACCCGGCCAACCUGAAUCUAACUCAAGCAACAAAAUAAAGUCUUGGACAUUUAGCUUUUUGUCUCUACUAUCUUUCAACCUAUGUUUGAUUAGUUUAUUGCAGAAAAUUUUCUUCAUUCCAUUUAAAAAUAAAUACUUUUGUGGAAAACAUGUAACAAAAGUUACCACAAGGCUAUUGAGAACAUAAAUGUCAAAUUCAGUAUCCUUGGGGCUUAACCGUGAUAAAGCGUUUGUUUUCUUCCACAAAGUCCUUAAUAUUGCCUUUUAUUUUCCAUUAUAACUUACUUAGAUCUUGCAGUUCAUGUAAAAGGAGGAAUGGAGCUAAUUAUAUGGAACUGACAGCUGUCCCUACUGUCACACAGAGACAGAAUUGGUAAUGGUUUUCUGUUCUUUAAUAUUACUUUAAACAUUAAUUAGUGAGUAGUUUAGAUUUUUAUCUUUAAAAUUGUUUCUCAUUAGUCUGACUCUUUAGUUAACUAUUUGCUGUGCACACAUUUAGUUAACUUUAUGUGUCAGUUCUUUGUAUUUUUUGUUAAAUGCAACAAAUUAAUUUCUUCUUUUUGAGUUACCAGUUUUCUCUGGACCUGCUGCUGAAAAUCACAUAGAUGAUCUCCAGCUGAUGUCCAUACAUGGCUGUCAAACUUCCUCAGCGGGCCGUUCCAUUUGUUCGCCAGGGGAAGUUGAAAUUUGGUUUAUAGUUUAAUUUGACCAUUUCUUUAAUGUUUCUUCUUUUUGAAAGUUAGUUCAAUUCUGAUAUUUAAUUUACAGAUUUAGUAAUAUUCUGACCAGUGUUUAAGUUCUUGUAUGUUUAAUUACCCCCUAGUGUGUGUUAAUGGUCUGAUCAGCCACUAUUUAAGUUCCCCUCAUGUCUUGUUUAUUAGGUCAGUUUGUGCUUGAGUUUGUUGUGUUACCACCUGAGUUAUACUUUAUGUUGACCUCAGUUUGGGCCCAAUUUAUCAUUUUUGAAUUAUUUUUGGACUUUUUUUGUAAUAAAUUAAGAUUAUAUUUUGGAAUUCUU